AAAACGGCCUACUCAGAAAUUCCCAGCAUCCCAAUCGUGUCCGCCUCCACUCCACUAGAUCACCGACCACCGUGGUCCUGCCCGCCCACAGAGCACACGGUACGCACUGCGCCGCCUAGGCCGAUGCCAGAAGCCAUCUCCUGCUCCCCACGUCUCCACUCCGGCGAGAAAUGCGGCGCCCUUCGGUUCAAGAUGGGCUGACGCGGCAGCUCGGAUCGGUGGCAUCGACUCGGCAGUAAGACUGCCCGCGGAUUCGUCGGCGGGAGCCCGCGGAUUUCCAGCUUGUCGUUGUGCAGGCAGGUGGGGAAUUUUUUCUAACCUACUUUGGACUUUGAAGGGAAAACAGAAGAGGGGGCCGUCAUCAUCUAAGAGUGAGGAUCAGGAGAAGGGCGUGACAAGAAGAUGCUGAAGAAACUGAUAUCGAAGACCAAGAGCAAGAAGAAGAAGGAGGCUGCCUCUUCUUCCCUCCCCACCUUGGAUCGACUACAUGAGACCCUAGAAAUGCUGGAGAAGAAAGAGCGUUUGCUUCAGAAAAAGUCUUCCGCGGAAAUAGAAAAGGCUAAGGACUAUACAAAGGCAAAGAAUAAGAAUGCUGCAAUUCAGUGUUUAAAGAAAAAGAAGUUGUAUGAGACACAGAUUGAGCAGCUAUCAAAUUUUCAGUUGCGAGUUCAUGAUCAGAUUAUAAUGCUUGAAAAUGCGAAGGCAACAACUGACACUGUUGAUGCUUUGCGCUCUGGGUCAUCUGCUGUCAAAGCUAUUCAACAGUCCCUGAGUAUUGAUGACAUUGAGAAUGCAAUCGAAGAGGCGAACGAGCAUACGGAAAAUAUGAAACAGAUACAGGAUGCACUUGCUACACCAUUCGGUGCUUCGGCUGAAUUCGACGAGGACGAGUUGGAGGCAGAACUGGAAGACCUCGAGGAGGAAGAACUGGACCUGGAGCUGCCUGAACCGCCGCGGGGGACACACGUGGCACCAUCAACGUCGGCUGCCACUUCUCGACCGGCGGCUAGCGAUUUCGCUGAACUGACCAAACUUCAAGCAGAGAUGGCGCUUUAGGGAUCUGCUAUAAAAAUACUGCGCGGCUAGCGAUUUCGCUGAGCUGACCAAACUUCGAGCAAAGUUGGCGCUUUAGGGAUCUGCUGUAAAAAUACUGCGGUUUGGAGGGAAUGCUGUCAUUGAAACCUCAGAGGCUCACUGCCAUCAUUGCGGCGUGCAUGUAAAAUUCAGGCUAUGUUGUAAGAGCAUCCACCCCUGUUAAUUUCCUGCAUGAUGUUUGGCCUC